CUGCGGCGGCGUCGGCUCUUCUUGACGUGGCCGGCAGAGAGGGAUGCAAGACAGCGACUGCUAUCCGAGCUGAGUCGCAGCACACAGCCGAAGAACGCACUCAAAAGCGGAUAUAGAAUUCCGAGAUUGGGGUCUUGGUUGAAGCUGGGAAGAAGCUCCGGGAAGCACUAGGGCGGCUCGCUGACGUACGCCACCGGGGAGAGGAAGCCCGGAUCCGGAUACCGUUUGGACCGACUCCCCCCACCCCACCCCCGCCACAACCUCACCGGGUUAGAAAGAGCUGUCGGUUAUUGACCGUGUCUGGGACGUGUGGGCUGGAGCUCCGUCCAUUCAACAGCUGUCGCCGGUGAAUGGUGAUAUAUUUAAGGAGGGACUCCACGGAGGGACACGCCGAGCUGUGAGCGUGUCAGCGUGCACCAACCAGCACGCUAAUGAUGGAUAGAUAACGUUUAUGUAACCUCCAUUGGACAUUUUCCACCUCCUGAAAUUUUUAUUGUGAACAAUUUGACUGGAAUUUACCGGGACGAAUGCAGCUAUCCCGGCCGUGAAUAGGACAGCCAGUCAGCAAGCCGGUGGUGCGGGGGCCACUGCGGUAGUCCGACCCUCAAAGCACCAUGGCCGGAUUCAUACCGGGCCUGCUGCCGUCCAACCACUCCCAGGAGAAGCAGUUCGCCCAAGCCUACGAAGAUGUCCUGGAACGAUAUAAAGACGAGCGCGACAGAGUUCAGAAGAAGACGUUCACAAAGUGGGUCAACAAGCAUCUCAUCAAGGUGAGGAAACAUAUCAGCGACCUCUACGAGGACCUGAGAGAUGGACACAACCUCAUCUCCUUGCUGGAGGUUCUCUCUGGCGUCACCCUGCAACCCAGAAGCACCCCCUUCCUGAAAAGGGCGUGCCCCUCGCGUGCGCCUCCUCUCAUCCUGCUCGUGGUGGAGGACGGUGAUGAUGAUGAUGAUAAUGAGGAGGAGGAAGGAGGAGCUCAGGGACCCAGAGAGAAGGGCCGCAUGAGAUUCCAUCGGCUGCAGAAUGUCCAAAUAGCUCUGGACUUCCUAAAGCAAAGACAAGUCAAACUUGUCAACAUCCGAAAUGAUGACAUCACCGACGGGAACCCCAAACUCACACUGGGUCUCAUCUGGACCAUCAUCCUCCACUUCCAGAUUUCCGAGAUUUACGUGUGCGGCGAGUCGGGCGACCUCACCGCCAAGGAGAAGCUGCUGCUAUGGAGCCAGAAGGCCACCGAAGGCUACCCGGGCCUCCGCUGUGUCAACUUCACCUCGUCGUGGAGCGACGGACGCAUGUUCAACGCUCUGCUGCACAGAUACAGACCCGACCUGAUCAAUAUGGAGGCGGUGGCACAGCAGAGCAACCGUGAGAACCUCGAGCAGGCCUUUGAGAUUGCCGAGUCGCUAGGGGUGACCAGACUGCUGGACGCCGAGGACGUCGAUGUUGCGUCCCCAGACGAGAAGUCUGUCAUCACGUACGUCUCGUCCAUCUAUGACGCCUUCCCCAAAAUCCCAGAGGGAGGCGAGGGCAUUGUCGCACACGAAGUGGAUCAGCGCUGGUCCGAGUAUCAGUCCAAGUUCUUGUCUCUGCUCCAAUGGAGCCGCCAGCAAACGGCCAUCAUGGCCAACAGGAACUUUCCACAGAACCCAGUAGAACUCAAGGCACUUUACAACGAAUACGUCCACUUUAAGGAGACGGAGAUUCCCGCUAAAGAGCUGGAAAAAAGUCACGUGGAACACCUCUAUAAACUUCUGGAGGUGUGGAUGGAGUUUGGCCGCGUGAAGCUUCCUCAGGGCCUCCACCCCAACGACUUGGAGGAGGAGUGGGGCAAACUCAUCCUGGAGAUGCUGGAGAGGGAGAAGCUUCUCCGACCUGCAGUGGACAGGCUUGAGUUGCUGCUCCAAAGAGCAAACAAAUUCCAGAACCUGGCCUUGGACUGCGAGGAGAAGCUCACCCUGGCGAAGAACACGCUACAAGCCGACAUGUCGCGGGCGGAGAGCGGCGAGACGGCGCAGUGCGGGAGCGAGCUGGCCUGCUACCUGCAAGACUGCGAGGCGCUGACGGCACAAAUGCAGCAGGAGCUCAAAGUUCUCCGGAGUGAAAAGUACUACCAAGUGGAGCAGCUCGCAUUCAGAUUGUCGUGCCUUGAAGAGGAGCUGGUGUCUCUUCGACUUCAGUGUUCCAGCCUGUACAGAAAAGGUCACUUUGCGGGGGGCGAGCUUCUCAGCCGGCGCGCCCCCGUCGAGGCCCCCGGGCUUUCUCUGGGCCAGACCCUGCUGGGGGCCGCCGGGGCCGCCCUGAUCCGCCGCCCCAUGGCACGUUCCCAGCUGGUGGCCAUGUCGUCGUCCGAGGACGAGGGCGGCCUGAGGUUCAUCUACGAGCUUCUGGGAUGGGUGGAGGAGACGCAGGAGCUUCUGGAAGGAGCUGAAUGGGGGGCGGACCUUCCUUCUGUGGAGAACAACCUGCAGGAACAUAACAGUGUGCACACGGCCGUGGAGGAGCUGAUGAGCGGACUGCAGGAGGCUCGCAGUUACGAGCCCAAAGUGUCGGUCAACUUCAGAAGCAACUACUCUGAGACGCUGGCUAAACUGGAGCAGCAGUACUGCAAACUACUGGAGCACUCGUCGUGGCGGCUCCGCAGCCUGGAGAGUCUUCAUGCGCUGGUGCGCGACUGCACCGAGGAGCUGAUCUGGCUGAACGAGCGCGAGGAGGACGAGAUCGCCUUCGACUGGAGCCACAACAACACCAACAUGGACGCCAAGCAGGAGAUGUACAGCGAGUUGAGGCGCGAGCUGGACGAGAAACACGACGUGAUGCGCUCCCUCCAGGAAACGGCGCUUCGCCUGUGUCAGGAAAACCAUCCGGCCAAGCAGACUCUGGAGGCGUACAGCGCGGCGCUGCAGACGCAGUGGCAGUGGGUGGACCAGCUUUGCGUGUGCGUGGAGCAACACCUGAAAGAUAACACAGCCUACUUCCAGUUCAUGAGCGACGCGCGCCACUCCGAGACGUACCUGAAGCAGCUUCAGGAGAGCAUCAAGAGGCAGUACACCUGCGACAGGAACAGCCGCUUAAGCAGGCUGGAGGACCUACUACAGGAUUCCAUGGAGGAGAAGGAGCAGCUGAUCGAGCACCGGGGGAAGGUGGCCAGUCUGGUGGGCCGCGCCAAGACGCUGGUGCAACUGCGGCCCCGCUGCGCCGACACCCCUCUGCCGGCGGCCACGCCAGUCCGCGCCGUCUGCGACUAUAAACAAAUCGAGACAAACGUUCAGAUCACCAUCAUCCGUGGCGAGGAAUGCGUGCUGGAGGACAACGGCCAGCGCAGUAAGUGGAAAGUGAUCAGCCCCACGGGCAACGAGGCCAUGGUGCCGUCCGUCUGCUUCACCGUGCCGCCGCCCAACCAGGAGGCCAUCGAUGCCGCCGGCAGGACGGAGCAGUUGUACCAGCAGGUGAUGUCUUUAUGGCACCAGCUGCACAUCAACAUGAAGAGCGUGGUUUCCUGGCACUACCUCCUUAAAGACCUCGGCGCCGUCUCCGAGUGGAACCUUGACACGGUCCGCAGCCAAACCCCGUCGGAGCGGCAGCAAGUCCUGGACCACCUGGACUCCCACCUAUCGGACUUCCUGUCCGACAGUAGAGAGAGCUCGCUCUUCACGCCAGCCGAGCGACGCGAGCUGGAGGCGGACGUCCAGCAGGCGCAGCUGCGCUGCCGCGAACUGCUACUCAGCAUGGAGAGCGAGGAGAAAGAUGAGUCUGUGUCGCGCUCGUACAUGUCAGAGCUGCAGAACGUCACCUUGCGUCUCAAAGAGGCCGAGGAGAGGUUGAUCGGCGCCAUCCAGACGUCCGGCCGGCUCGCUGACGACAGCGCCGACAACGGCGUCAGGAUAGCCGAGCAGGAGGAAGUGGAGCAUGAGCUGGACGCACUUCGCUCCAACCUGGGCGACGUGUCUCGGCGCUGCGUGGCCUUCUUGGAGGACAAGCCGGCGUCCUCGGGCGUCCCCGCCCUGCGCUCGGAACUCAACCGGGCCGUGGAGAAGAUGGACAAGCUGCACCACCUCUCGUCCGUCUUUCUGCAAAAAUUAAAAACGGUGGACGUGCUGAUGCGCUGCCUGGAGGAGGCGGAGAGUCAGGUCAGGAAGUACGAGAGCAGGCUGAGCGAAGAGGACGUCAUUCCUGCCGACGCGGCGGCCAUCCAAAGUCUUCGAGAUCAAUUAGGGAAGUGGCAAUGCGAGCUGUCCGACCAAGAGGGCGUCUUUGAAUCCCUUCAGUCGGACGUCCUCCGGGCCAAAGAGGCGGCGUCCCACCUCGCCGCCAUCCACCCGGACCGCAGCUCCGAGUUGGAGCGCUACCAGGAACGAGCCGAUCAAGCGGCGGAGCGGUGGAGCGGCGUGAAGAAGCAGAUGGAAACGAGGCGGGCGGAGCUGCAGGCCAUCGCUUCGGUUCUGCAGCAGUACAGAGACGGCCACUCGGAGCUGACGACGUGGAUCCAGGAGACCACGCAGCGGCAGGAGAACACACCGGCCGGGACCACCGACAGCAAGGCGCUCUCCGAGGAACUGGCGCAGCAGACGGCUUUAGUAGCCGAGAUUGAAGAGAACCAGACCAAACUAGACGAUUGCCAAACUCACUCCAAACAGUACUGCACCUCAGUCAAGGACUACGAGCUUCAGCUGAUGACUUUCAGAGCCUUCGUGGAGUCCAUGCACAAAUCGCCGGUGAAGAGGAGGAGGAUGCACUCUUCCUCGGACGCCAUCACUCAGGAGUUCAUGGACCUGCGCACACGCUACACGGCCUUGGUCACGUUGACGACGCAACACGUCAAAUACAUCAGCGACGCCCUCCGGCGACUCGAAGAAGAAGAGAAAGAAGUGGAGGAGGAGAAGCAGGCCAGGGUGGGUCAGGUGUCGGACCUGCUGGCUUGGAUCGGAGGUCUUCAGGGACGGAGCGCCGGCCCCAACGCCGAGUCGUCACUCGCCGCGCAACAGGCCAUCAGCGAGCAACUUGCCGCCAAGAAAGACGACGUGGCCGAAGCCAUCCGAAGCACGCAGGUCUUUCUUCUCUCCAAACAAGCCACCAAACUGUCUCCGGACGAGCGCGCCCACGUGGAGGCGCAGCUGGGCCAGCUGACGUCAACCUACCGUGACAUGUGCGAGGCCUCCACGCAGCAGAUGCAGCAGCUGGAGCAGCAACUGGCCAAGGAGGAGGAGAGGAAGAUAGCACCUUGCAUCGCCGGCGUGCUGGAUUUGGGGAGCGUGGAAACCUUGCCAGUGUUCCAAGCCGCCCAGCGGGGUCUGAUUGAUCAGGACACAGCUCGCUUUCUCUUGGAGGCCCAGGUCGUCACCACAGGGGGGCUCAUCUCAUCUGAUGGUCUCCUCGUCCUCUCACUGGACGCGAGUCUCAGCGAGGGUUUGAUUGACGCUCACGCUAGGGAGUCCCUCUCAAAGUUGGAGAGCGCUCAGCUUCUGGUGGAAUCCGCGACCGGUGGGCAACAACUGAGUGUGCGUGCGUUCGCUUCAGCUGUAGAGUCUGGGCUCAUUUGUGAGGAGGUGGGACUUGGUAUUCUGGAAAUUCUCAUGAGCGAAGAAGACUUGACGCUCUUGACGUCCAGGAGCCUUCAGGCCAAGCUUGAGUCCAGGCUCCAACGCAGAGAGCUGAUCGAUCCAAACACAGCUGAGAAAGUCAGCCUGAGUGAGCUGCUUCGGCGCUGCGUCCCGAACGACGACGACUCGGGUCUUCUACUUCCCGUCAAACAGCAACCCGGAGGAAGCGUCUGCCUUCGCUCCGGGAGAAAAGUUGGCAUCUUCCGCGCCAUUGAGGAAGGCCUGAUUGACCGGCAAGUGGCCAAGCGACUCCUGGAAGCUCAGCUGUAUGCCGGUGGGAUCGUGGACCCCCGAUCUGGACACCGGCUGACGGUUCACGAGGCUAUUAGUCAUGGACUGGUAGACCAGGACUUGGCUUGCUCCUUGUUGGUGCGACAGCUCCAAAACGGCGGCAUUCUCGAUCCCGUGACUCGAGAACGUUUAGAUUUGGAGGGCGCUAUCCAUCUGGACCUCCUUUCUGCUCGUAUGGCUCUGUCGGUCCUUGAAUCCCUCCAGACGUUUAUGGGGAUGAUGUGGCCCGGAUCUGGUGAAGUCCUGUCCAUCGCGGAGGCUCUUGAGCAAGGAGUCAUCUCCGGGGAGCUGGCACGGAACAUCCUAAAGCAGCGUAACGCCGUCGGAGCGUUGUACAACCCGGAAACUCUCCAGUUGCUGCCCUUUGAGGAAGUUCUGGAGCCCAGUGCCGUCCGUGUUCUCAAAGACAUCCAUUUGCCAGAUGUUCUCCCCAACAUGAAUCGUCCGAGUUUGGGUUCUUCAAGCUCCUCUGCUGAGCCGAUGGAUGCAGCGGAUGCUCGCCAGCAAGCCGAACACAAGCUGCUCUUCCAUCUCACGACUCACAGCUACGUAAACGCACACUCAGGGGAACGCAUUGUGAUCUUUGACCCCGAGUUGCCGGAGGUCGUGAACGCGAUUCAGCCAGAGCGGCGGAUUCUGAAAGGCACUUCAGUUGAUCCAGCAACUGAUCUGCGAGCGAUCAAUCUCAAUGACGCGGUUGCUUUGCUUUCUCGUGACCUGGCUUCAGAAAACCAGAAGGUGACUCCUUUGAAGAUCAAAAUGGAUGAUGAUAUCUCACCUAACAUCACCUCAUCGGAGAGCUCGCUUGGUCCUGAAGUGGACAAGCCUCCAGAGCCGGAUCUCUCCAUGGACCUUUUGAGUCACUUUGCUGCAAAUGUUGAGAAGAGAAUCCAGCAAGCCAUAGAGGACGCCAUACCACAGAUCACAACUCUUGAGAAGAUUCUCAAAGCAAAAACUGAAGAUGAAUUAGAGAUGACCGUCCUGGAUGGUCCACCAAUUGAUUGCAGAACUGAACACGCAAGCGACAAAGAGAAAGAACCUGUCAAGGGGAACGACGCAGAAUGGGAGAAGACUUUGAGCUUUGAAAAAGAGGCUUCUGUUGCCAUGGAGAAGCAAGAACCACUUUUGGAGGCUAAAGAAAGUAAAAGCAGGAAAAAGAAGAGGAGUAAAAAGAAGGCAAGAAUAACAGAGGAAGAACCGAAAACACAGCAACCGGAAAUCAAGAUUCCGUUGGAAACGUCUCAGCUGGAGAAAGCUUCGUUUAGUGAGGACAACGCUGAGUCACAGACACAAGCAGAGGCCCAACCUCAACCACCUCAAAAUGAAGAAACCAGGCAUGUGAAAGGAGCAACUGACAAGACGGUGCAGCCGAGAAGAGACUUGGAGGUGUUAGAGGACAACAAAGUUGUUGAGGAAGUCGAGAAAAGCGAGACCACAGACAUGACACGAAAGAGUGAGGAGAAGUACAAAGUUGGAGAUUGUUGUGAAAAGGUUGCAAGACAAGAGGCACAAUGUGAGGCCCUGUGCACACGAGCAGAACAAGAGAAGAAAGAGGAACAACCAGUUGAAGCUACCAAAGGUUUGAACGUUAAGUGUCCAGAAACUGCAACGCUCCCGUCAGAAGACGUUUGUGCUGAUUCCGGAUCAGCAGCACUUCCUGAGCCACUUCCAGUUUUUGCUAGUCAAGGAGCAGAAGAUGAGAUGUCAAGUGAAGAUGAGGUGACCUCCACUUCUGGCAAGGCGUCGUCGCUCGUGCGUCAGGAGUGCUUGGAGCAUGACCAGAGGAUGGUGGCGCUUGUCUCCAUGGUCAGACACGUGGAGGUCCGACUCAAACAGCAGCAGCAGCAAUCGGUGGGACGCAGCCUCGGCGCCUUAGAUGACAUCAUCAGGCAGGCGCAGGAUCUGGACGUGGAGCUACGAGACCUGGAGCCUGAAGUUAGCGUAGAAGCCAAGGCUGCUCAGAAGCUCUUGAUGCUUCACCGCAGAGAUGUUCCUCCGCAGCUCCUCACGGCUCUGGAGAAAGACCAGCAGAGCUUGACGCGAACGUACCAGACGGCCAGAACACUUUGUGAGGACGUCCUGCAAAACCUGCAAAACCACCGAGAUUCAUACAAGGAGGCCGUCGAAGCUGAGCUGAAGUCGCUUGGGGGCAGAGUGGAGGCUCUGAUGUCCUGGUUGAGAGAAACAGAGGAGCUUGUCAAUGACGAGACGGACCAAGAUGGCCAACAAUUGCGUCCUUCCGAGGCAAGUUCACUGAGUAAGCAUCUUUUUUUUAUGGGACGGCGGUAUCAAAGUUCUCUUUGGCGUCUCGUCUUCAAGGAGCAUCAGUCCGGCCUGACGUCUCGCUCCGGCGACGUAGCCCAAGUGGCCUUGGAUAUCCAACUUUUUGUCUCAGAGCGGGCACAGGACCUGCCGCCCCGGCAGAGCAGGCGCCUUCUGGGGCAGCUACAGCAGCUGCAGGGGGCCUUCCACAGCGCGGCGGGCCAAACUCGGGCUCGGGUCGCCGCUCAGCGCCAACGUGACAAGGAGGAGGAGUGGCGGCGCCAGCAGAACCGUAGAGCUGACCUUGAGGAGAAACCAAAGGAGACAGAGGUGGUCCAGCAACAGAAAGUGGAAUGUUCUCACAAACUGGAAGAUCUCAGUGCCUGGUUGGCAGGAGCCGCCGCCGCUCUGGCCAAUCAGAAAGCAGAACCGACCGUGGAAUCGGACGACAUGAACGUCUUGCAGGACAAGCAGGAGAAGUUAAAGGAAGUACAGAAGGACCUCCGGAGCCGUGCGGAAGACGUGGCCGAGGCCAUCCGCUCGGCGGAGGACUUGCUGGCCGAGCGACGGGAAAGCUUAAGUGCAGAAGAGCGAGAGGGCCUGCAGGUGGCGCUAGCGCAGAUGAAAGAGCAGUAUGCCGCCCUGACGGAAGCGGCCAAAGCGUCCGUGACGGAGGUGGACGCUUCCGUCAGCGCCAUGUUGCAGCACAACACGCAGAAGGCAAAAGCUUUUGAGGAGCUUCAGCAGACCCAGGACCAGAUAGACUCGCUGCUGAAGGACUUGUCAGCCGCUCAUGUAUCAGCAGCUCACGACGUCACCGACCUGCCCUCCUCGCAGCCCGACGAUGCCGUCACAUGCCACACGGGGGCGCUGCAGGCCGAGCUUCAGAGGCUGCAGGCUCAGCAGGCCCAGCUCCUCCAAAUCAGCCAGUCAGCUCGCACGUUGCUGGAACAACCCGACUCCACAGUUCCUCCUGAGGAGAAGCGACGACUGCGAGCCACGCUGGACCGGCUGCAGGCCGAACACCAACAGAAGCUUCACGGCUGCCAGGAGCGACUGAGGAAAUCUGAGGCGCUGAAGGACGAGCUGGCAAAGUAUCUCCAGGAACACGGCGAUCUGAGCGCCUGGCUGGAGCAGAGCGAACAGGAGCUGAAAUGUUUGGGGGAAGGCGAAACGGACGCUCAAGAACUGAAGAACCGGCUGGAGGAACACAGAAAGCUGGCCGAGGACGUCAUCUGCCACAAGGCCGACCUGCGCUUCGUCUCCAUCUCGGGUCAGAAGGUCCUGGACUCCUGUCAGGGCGUUCUCGAGCAGCAAGAGGGCGCCGGCGAUGCUGCCGCUCUGGAAGCCACCAAGCAGCUGGUGACCGACAAGCUGCAAGACGCUAACCACCGAUAUACCUCACUCCACGCCAAGUCGUCAGAGUUGGGCGGCCGCCUGUCGGGCCUGCUGGAGCGCUACCAGCAGUACCAGGACGAGGUGGUCUCGCUCCACUCGUGGCUCAGCGCCCAGGAACAGAACCAAAGCAUCGCCAAGUCCGGCGGGGACACCGACCCCCAUGACCUGCAGGACACGCUGCGGCAAGUCCAGCUGCUACAGGACGAGCUGGCCGAGCGUUCGGUCCAAUUGGAAAAGGUGAAGCGAGCCGGAAGAAUUCUGGUCAGCGCCGACGAGUCUCCCUCCCUGAAGGCCGUGGACAUCCUGUGCGCCGCAGACGGUUUAGAGAAGAGGUUCUCGUCUUUGUCGGCGUCCGUAUCGGAACGGGCCGAGCAGCUCCAAACGGCCGUGGCCCAGUCUGUGAGCGUGCAGGAGGGCUUGAAGGCUCUGCUGGCCUGGCUCGACACGCUAGAUUUGGACCCCGCGCCUGUGGAGCCCACGGCGCAGGCGCUCCAAGAUGCCCUCACUCAGAACCAGAAACUUCGCCAGGAGCUGCUCUCACGGCAAGGCAGCGUGGAGGCCACACGGGACUCGGUCUCCAAGCUGCUCCAGAGCCCCGACGCCUCUACGGCAUCGGGCCUGCAGGGAGCGCUGGACGAGCUGACGCGAAGGUUCGCCGCCGCUCAGGUCAGCCAAGCCGAGCGGGAGGCGGAGCUUAAACGCUUGCUGCCCCGACUGGAGAGCUACGAGCGACUGGCGGCCGACCUGCGGGUCUUCAUCCAGAGUCGCGCCAAGUCUCUGAGCCCGGCGGGGCAACCCGAUCGAAGCGUGGACGACUACAGGCAGACGGUGGAGGAAGUGAAGUCAGAGCUGCAACAGGAAGCUCCUCAGCUCAAGUCCUUCUGCGACUUGGCAGAAGAAGUCAGCACGUCACAAGUUGUGGGUCGCACGCAAAGCCUGCUGGGACACGUCAAAGGCGUGUCGGACGACUUCAAGCAACUGGAGGACGACGUCAACCAAAGAAUGGCGGCCAUUUUGGCUUGUGAGCAGCAGCUGCUCCACUUUCGCGGGCUCUCCGGCUCCGUCCUCCGGUGGCUGCAGGCGGCGCAGGAGCAGCUGCCCGCCAAGGAAGUCGCCUUGGACACGGAGGCGCUGCAGAGGCGAGUGCAGCAGCUGCAGGAGCUGUUGAAGGAGUGGGAGUCGCAGGCGUCCAGGGUGCAGGAGUUGAACAAGAGCGGCUCCGAGCUGGAGGCGCAAGUCAUCGACAUCACGACACCGCAGAGUAAAGCAGGUGCUCCCCAAAUCAACGGCUCUGCUCCCGGCAGCGUCAACGGCAUUCAUACUUGCAAAGACCUGACGGAGAUCCAAGUGGCCGUGUCUGACGUCAACGCCCGACACGAGGCCCUGGGCGCGGACCUGACGGAACGCCUGGGCCGCCAGCGGGCCUCGCUGGAACAGAGGCAGCAGGCUAGGCAAGGCGCAGAGGAACUGCAGAGCUGGCUGAAGGACAAAGAGAAGAACCUCGCGCAGGGACACGCUGCCUCACCAUCCAAGCCAGAAGUGGUGCGCGCCCAGGCCCAGGAGAACAAGGCGCUGCUGUCGGAGUUGGCCGAGCACUCGGCCAGGGUGGAGGAGCUCAAGGGAACCUUGAGGAAGCUCAUCGCCGACAACCCCGACUCCCCCGAGGCCGACGCGUGGCGGCAACAGCUGCAGGAGAUUGACUCCCGUUGGCUCGCGGCCAAUCAGACGGCAUCGCAGCGUCAGGCGGAGCUGGAGGCGUGCGCCGACCGGCUGGGCAGCUUUACCGCGGCUGCAUCUCAACUGGGCCCGUGGCUGCGUGAGAAGGAGCUCAUGAUGAGCGUGCUCGGACCUCUCAGCAUCGACCCCAACAUGCUCAACACCCAGAAGCAACAAGUGCAGUUCAUGCUGCGGGAGUUUGAGACUCGUCGCCCACAGUUCGAGCAGCUCACCCAGUCGGCCGAGGGCAUCCUCUCGCAGACGCAGGACCCCAAAGAGCAGGAGGAGGUCCGGGCCGAGCUGGACUCGGUCUCCCGGCAGUGGCGCGACCUGACGGGCAAACUGGACCAACGCUCGGAGCAUAUCGACCAGGCGCAGGGCACCAGCGAGCGCUACCAGGCGUUGUUGCGCGAGCUCUCCGCCAGCGCGGCGGCGCUCGCCGAGCGUCUGGACGGCCAGGCGGAGCUGAGCGCUCGGCCCGAGGCGCUCAGGCAGCGCCUGCAGGAAACGGGCGAGAUCCGCUCGGAACUGGAGAGGCGACGCGGCGAGCUGGCCGAGGCCGAGCGGCUGUGCCAAGAGCUGAGCGCCAUCGUGGCCGAACCUUACUUGAAGGACGAGCUGAAGAAGAGGCUGGAGAGCGUCAGCGGCCCGCUCAAGAGCUUGGAGGAACGCGCAGCGGACGGUCUGUCUCAGCUGCAGGCCGCUCUAUCAUCUACGCAGCAGUUCCAGCAAAUGUUCGCGGACGUGCGCUCGUGGCUGGACGAGCAGGUGGAGCUCCGGGACUCGUCGCUGGACGCGCUGCCCUGCCAUCCCGAGGCGGUCCGCUCGCUGCUGUCCACCGCCGCCGACCUCCAGCGCUCCAUCGCCGCCCAACGGGGCCCCUACGAGCUGAUCCAGGCCGAGGGCGUGUCGCUGCUGGCCGCCCUGCCCGCCGGCGGCGACGAGCGCGCCGCCCUUCAGUCCCGCCUGACACACCUCCGGCAGGACUGGGAGGACGUCAACGGGCGGCUGGCGGAGCGGGAAAACCGACUGAAAAGUACCCUGAGCAAGGCGGAAAGCUACCAACGGCACAAGACCGAGUUGGCUCCCUGGCUGGAAGAAUGCGAGGAGAAAGAGGCGGAGAUCCAGCCGUCGCUCGACACGGCGGGCUUGGAUGACGCCCUGCAGAAAGCCAGGGGGCUCGCACUAGACCUAGAGAGACGACAACCCCAACUGGAGGCCUUCAACGCCGCCGCCGAUCAGCUGCUGGAGCAGUGUUGUGUCGGAGACGACGAGGUCCGAGACGAGAAGGCGCAGUUGAACCGGCGUCUGGACGCCCUUAGCGAGCGUCUCCUCGGUCGCACGUCGCAGCUCGAGGAACUCUCGGGCCGCCUCAAGGAGUUCGAGGAAGGUCGGCAAGCGGUGGAGAGACGCCUGGAGGCCGCCAAACACCAAAUCGAAGUUCAGGAGGCGCUAGGACCUCAGGCUUGUAGCGCAAAGAGUUUGGAAAGGCUGAGGAGCCAGCAGGAGAACCUUACAUGCCUGCAGCCUCAGGUGGUCUACCUGCGCGACCUGGCUCAGGGGCUGGUGCAGGACGCCCCCCAGAGGCCGGAAGGCGGCGCUGAGGGCACCCAGAGGCUGCAAGAGCAGGCCAAACACACCCAGAGCGAGUUUGACGACGUCAGCAGCAAGCUGGAGCAGUGUUGCUCGGCGCUGGAGUCGCGUCUCCACGGCGUGGGCGAGGUCCAGGCGCACGUGCGCGACGUCUUCUCGCGCCUGGCCGACCUGGACGACGAGCUGGACUCGCUGGGCCCCGUCGGCCGCGACGCCGACUCGCUGGCCUCGCAGGCGGACACGCUGGCCGGCUUCCUGUCCCGUCUGGCCGGCCUGCGCGGCGAGCUGGAGACGCACGCCGCCGAGUGCACGGCCAUGCUGCGCCGCGAGGGUUCCUCGCCCGACCUGCUGGCCCUCAGGCGCGAGACCGAGGCGCUCGGGCGCCAGGCCGGCAAGCUGGGCGAGCGCGGACAAGCGCGUCUGGUGCAGAUCCAGGACGCCUCCGAGCGGGUGGGCGACUUCUACCGGCUGGUGGGCGAGCUACAAGGCCUGCUAGGGGCCGCCGAGCAGGGUCUGAACGCGCAGGCCGCCGUGGGGUCCGAGGUGGACGUCAUCAAGCAGCAGCUCGGCGACUUUAAGGCUCUGGAACGAGAGCAAGUGGACGGCGUCCAAGCCAAGCUGCAGCACGUCAACGCUGUCGGCCAGGGUCUGAUCCAAAGCGCCGCCAAGAACACGGACACCCGGGCGUUGGAGCACGACCUGGACCAAACCAACCAGAGAUGGAACUCGCUCAACAAGAGGGUGGCCGAGAGGAUCGCCCAACUGCAGGAGGCCCUGUUGCAUUGUGGCAAAUUCCAGGACGCCUUGGAGCCGCUGCUCAGCUGGCUGAGCGACACAGAGGAGCUGGUAGCCAAUCAGAAGCCGCCGUCGGCCGAGUACCGCGUGGUCAAGGCCCAGAUUCAAGAGCAGAAGCUGCUCCAGAGGCUGCUGGAUGACCGGCGGCCCACGGUGGAGAUGAUCCGCGCCGAGGGCGCGCGCAUCGCCGCCACCGCCGACGCUCAGGACCGAGAGAAGAUCCAGAGCCAGCUACAAAGUCUGGCCCAGAGGUGGAACGACCUCCUGGACAAGGCCAGCUCCAGGCAAAGGCAGCUGGAGGAGCUGCAGGUGCUGGCGCUCCACUUCCACGAGGCUCUGGAGCCGCUAGGCGAGUGGCUGAGCGCCACCGAGAGACGCGUCAGCUCCGCCGAGCCCAUGGGAACCCAGACGGCUAAGAUCAGCCAGCAGAUCGUCAAGCACAAGGCCAUCCAAGACGACGUGCGCGCUCGAGAGUCGGACGUAGCGCACCUGCGUUCCCUCAGCCAAUCGCUGGCUCCGCUCAGCUCCGCCUCGGACCGGGAUUGGCUGGGCGAGCGCGUGGAGGCGGUCCGCUCGGGCCACGCCCAGCUUUCCGAGUGGUGCGAGCGGCGGGCGGCGCUGCUGGAACAGGCGCUGGCCAACGCUCGGCUUUUUGGCGAGGACGAGGUGGAGGUGCUCAACUGGCUGGCCGAGGUGGGCCAGCGACUGGCGCUGGUGUCGGUGCAGACUUACCAAGCCGACGUGCUGGCCGAGCAGCACAAGCACACGCUGUCACUCAACGAGGAGAUUGUAAGCAGGAAGAAGACAGUGGACCAGGCCGUCAAGAACGGACAAGCUCUUCUCAAGCAGACCACUGGCGAGGAGGUUCUGCUGAUUCAGGAGAAACUGGACGGCAUCAAGUCUCGCUACGCCGAGAUGACGGCGGGCAGCAGCAAAGCGCUGCGCACGCUGGAGCAGGCGCUGCAGCUGGCCACGCGUUUCGCCAGCGCCCACCACGACCUCAACCAAUGGCUGGACGCCGUGGAGGCCGAGCUCAACGACGUGGAGCCCGACGCCUCGCCCGCCUACCAGGAGCGACAGAAGGAGUUGAAAAAAGUGUCAGCCGAGAAGCGUUUGGUGCUGGACACCCUCAACGAAGUGGGCAGCGCCCUGCUGGACUUGGUGCCCUGGCGAGCCCGCGAGGGUCUGGACCGACUGGUCGCCGACGCCAACCAGCGCUACCGACAAGCCGACGACACCAUCACGCAGCGGGUGCAGCUCGUGCAGGCCGCCAUCCAGAGGUCGCAGCAGUACGAGGAGGCGGUGGACGCCGAGCUGGCCUGGCUUGGCGAGACGGAGCGCAAGCUGGCGUCGCUAGGCCCGCUGAGCCUGGAGCCCGACGUGACGGUGGCCCAGCUGCAGGUCCAGAAGGCCUUCAACAUCGACAUCAUCCGCCACAAGGACACCGUGGACCAGCUGCUCGCCACUCGGGACGACAUUCUGGAGACGUGCAGCGACGCCCAGAAGGACGCGCUGAUGGUGAAGACGGAUUCCUUGAGCGCCCGCUACGACGCUGUCAACCAGAACCACAGUGAGCGCUUUGCGGCCCUGGAGCAGGCUCAGGUGCUGGUGACCCGCUUCUGGGAGACCUACGAAGAACUGGAGCCGUGGCUGGGCGAGACGGAGAGCCUCAUCGGGCAGCUUCCGCCGCCCGCCAUCGACACGGACGCUCUGCGCCUGCAGCAGGACCAGAUGAGGCUUCUGAGAGAGUCCAUCGCCGAACACAAGCCGCACAUGGACAAGCUCCUCAAGAUCGGCCCCCCGCUGGCCGAACUGAGCGCGAGCGAGGGUCCCCGGGUGACGCAAUGCUACACCGAUGCCGAGCGCCGCUACUCGGCCAUCAAGGAUGAGGUCAAAGGUCGCGCGGCGCUGCUGGACGAGGCCGUGUCGCAGUCCGCUCAGCUGGUGGAGUUCCACGACAAGAUGGACCCCCUUCUGGAGACCCUGGAGGCGGCCGUGCAGCGCCUGCGUCAGCCUCCGCCCGUGGCGGCGGAGGUGGACAAGAUCCGCGAGCAGCUGGCCGAUCACCGGGCGCAAGGUCUGGAGUUGGACAAACUGCUGCCAAGCUUCUCCGCCCUCUGCGCCCGUGGCGAGGAACUCAUCGGUCGGGCUGCCCACGACGACCCGGCUGCCCAGGCCGUCCAUUCCCGCCUGCUGCGCCUGCGCUCGCUGUGGGACGAGAUCCGCCAGCGGGCUGAGGACCGCGAGAGCAAACUCAACGACGUGCUGGACCUGGCCGGCAAGUUCUGGGCCGACGUGUCUGCGCUGCUGAGCACGCUGCGUGACUCGCAGGACAUCGUCAAGGAGCUGGAGGACCCCGGCGUGGACCCUUCGCUCAUCAAGCAGCAGAUCGAGGCCGCCGAGGCCAUCAAGGCGGAGACGGACGGCCUGAGGGAGGAACUGGAGUUCGUCAGGACCCUCGGGGCAGAUCUUAUCUUCGCCUGUGGAGAAACCGAGAAACCCGAAGUCAAAAAGACCAUCGAUGAGAUGAACGGCGCCUGGGAAAGUCUGAACCGGACAUGGAGAGAAAGGAUGGAGAGGCUGGAUGAGGCCAUGAGCGCCUCCGUGCAGUACCAGGACGCUCUGCAGUCCAUGUUCGACUACUUGGACAACGCCGUCAUCAAACUGUGCGAAAUGUCCACGGUGGGCACUGACCUGGGAACGGUCAAACACCAGAUUGAAGAGCUCAAGCAGUACAAAGUGGACGUGUACCAGCAGCAGAUCGACAUGGAGAAACUCUGCCACCAGGGGGAGCUGCUGCUGAAGAAAGUUUCAGACCAAACUGACCGGGACAUGAUCCAGGAGCCGCUGACUGAGCUGCGCCACCUGUGGGAGAAUUUGGGGGACAAGAUCACUCAGAGACAGCACAAGCUGGAGGCGGCCCUGCUGGCCCUGGGUCAGUUCCAGCACGCCCUGUCUGAACUCCAGGGCUGGCUCACCCACACGUACACCACCCUGGACACCCAGCGACCAAUCAGUUCAGACCCCAAGGCCAUUGAGAUCGAACUGGCCAAACAUCACGUUUUGCGCAACGACGUGCUGUCUCACCACGCCACGGUGGACGCGGUCAACGCGGCAGCCGCCGAGCUCCUGGAGUCGUCUCCUGGGGACGAGGCCAGCCAUCUGAGGGAGCAACUGGACAAGCUCAACCACAGCUGGCAGAACCUCCUGCUCAAGACCCAGGAGCGGCAGAAGUUGCUUGAAGCCGCCUUGCACCAGGCUGAGGGCUUCCAUGGCGAGCUGGAGGAGUUCCUGCAGUGGAUGAGGCGCACGGAUAGCCAACUGUCGGCAGCCAAGCCCACCGGAGGUCUCCCCGAGACGGCCAGGGAGCAGCUGGAGCAGCACAUGGAGCUCCAAAGCCAGCUGAGCCAGCGAGCCGAUCAGUACCACCGGCUUCUGGACGCCGGCGAGUCCAUGCUUCUGGCUCGCGGCGAAGACGCGGGACCGGGCACUACGCAGACCCAGCAGAACCUGGCAAUGCUGCAGAACAAGUGGGCCAUCCUCAACACCAAGAUGGAUGACCGGCGGGCAAAGCUGGAAGAGGCUCUCUCGCUGGCGACCAGUUUCCAGACUUCCCUGCAGGACACCAUCAACUGGCUGACGCAGGCCGAGCAGACCCUCAAUAUGGCCCAGCCGCCCAGCCUCCUUCUGGACACGGUCCUCUUCCAGAUUGACGAGCACAAGGUUUUCGUCAACGAGGUGAACACGCACCGCGAGCAGGUCCUGGCCCUGGAGAAGUCCGGCUCCCAGCUGCGUUUCGCCAGUCUGAAGCAGGACGUGGUCCUCAUCAAGAACCUACUGCUCAGCGUCCAGGCCCGCUGGGACAAGUUGGUUCAGAGGUCUCUGGACCGCGGGCGGCACCUGGAUGAGGCUCGCAAGCGGGCCAAGCAGUUCCACGAAGCCUGGCGGAAGCUGUCCGACUGGCUGGAGGAGGCCGAGAACCGCCUGGACUCGGAACUGGAAAUCCCCAACGAACCGGACAGGAUCAAAGUCCAGCUGACCAAACACAAGGAGUUCCAGAAGGCGCUGGGAUCCAAACAGCCCGUCUACGACACCACGGUGAGGUCGGGCCGGGCCAUGCGCGACAAAGCUCAGCUCCCGGAAGACACCCAGAAACUGGACCUGCUGGUGGGCGAAGUCCGAGACAAGUGGGACACCGUCUGUGGCAAGAGUGUGGAGAGGCAACACAAGCUGGAGGAGGCUCUUCUGUUCUCGGGGCAGUUUGCCGAGGCCCUCCAGGCUCUUGUGGACUGGCUGUACCGCGUGGAGCCUCAGCUCGCUGAAGAUCUGCCCGUCCAUGGCGACCUGGACCUGGUUUCCAAUCUCAUGGACUCCCACAAGGCCUUCCAGAAGGAGAUGGGCAAGAGGACGGGCAGCGUUCAAGCCUUGAAGCGCUCAGCUCGAGACCUCAUGGAGACGGGUCGCGACGACACGGCGUGGGUCAAAGUUCAGCUGCAGGAGCUGAGCAACCGCUGGGAGACGGUGUGUGCUUUGUCCGUCACCAAGCAAACGCGACUACAACAGGCACUUAAACAGGCGGAGGAGUUCCGCACAGCCGUGCAGAUGCUCCUGGAGUGGCUCUCGGAGGCCGAGCAGAGCCUUCGCUUCCGCGGCGUCCUUCCCGAGGAGGCGGAGACUCUCCAAGCGUUGUUGCACACCCACCGCCAAUUCCUGGGCACCGUGGAGGAGAAGAGGGCAGAGGUCAACCGGGCGGCGGGCAUGGGCGAGGCCAUCCUGGCCCUGUGCCACCCCGACUCCAUCACCACCAUCAAGCACUGGAUCACCAUCAUCCGGGCACGCUUUGAGGAGGUGCUGACGUGGGCCAAGCAGCACGAGCAACGUCUGGAGGCGGCGCUGACCGAGGUCCUGAACAACGCCAACCUACUGGAGGAGCUCCUGUCGUGGCUCCAGUGGGCCGAGACCACCUUGGUGCAGAGAGACCUAGACCCCCUCCCGCAGGACAUCCCCCAAGUCAAAGGACUGAUCACAGAACACCAGAUGUUCAUGGAGGAGAUGACAAUGAAACAGCCGGACGUGGAUAAAGUGACCAAAAGUUACAAAAGGAAACCUGCUGAGCCUCCCAGCAGCUUGGCGGAGAGGAGAGGAGGCCGGCGACACCAGCAGCAGCAGCAGCAUCAACAGCCGGCCUCGGUGCAGGUUUCCGGGACCAACCCCCGACUCAACCAGCUGUGUGCCCGCUGGCAGCAAGUUUGGCUUCUGGCACUGGACCGCCAGCGAAAACUCAACGACGCUCUGGACAGGUUGGAGGAGCUUAAAGAAUUCGCCAACUUUGAUUUUGACGUGUGGCGCAAGAAGUACAUGCGUUGGAUGAACCACAAGAAAUCGCGCGUCAUGGACUUCUUCCGGCGCAUCGACAAAGAUCAGGACGGGAAGAUCACGCGGCAAGAGUUCAUCGAUGGCAUCUUGGCGUCCAAGUUCCCCACCAGCAAGUUGGAGAUGACGGCAGUGGCGGACAUCUUUGACCGAGACGGCGACGGCUACAUCGACUACUACGAGUUUGUGGCCGCCCUGCAUCCCAACAAGGACGCCUACAGACCAACCACGGACGCUGACAAGAUUGAGGACGAGGUGACUCGGCAGGUGGCUCAGUGUAAGUGCGCCAAGAGGUUCCAGGUGGAGCAAAUAGGGGAGAACAAAUACCGGUUCUUCCUCGGAAACCAGUUCGGCGACUCGCAGCAGCUCCGUCUGGUGCGCAUCCUGCGUAGCACCGUCAUGGUGCGGGUGGGCGGAGGCUGGAUGGCUCUGGACGAGUUCCUGGUCAAGAAUGAUCCCUGUCGAGUUCAACAUCCCGGACUUAAGAUCCUUCGCUCCGACUCCAGUAGCUCCAUCUCAUCGCGUAUAGUGGCAGUCACUCCAGGCUAUUUCUGCUGCAGAGCGCGCGGGCGCACCAACCUGGAGCUCCGGGAGAAGUUCAUCCUUCCCGAGGGGACGCCGCAGAGCGUGUGCGUCUUGCGCUCCCGGGGCCGCCGCUCCAAGCCGGGCUCCCGCAACGCCUCACCCACCCGCUCCUCAUCCUCGGCCUCGCAUAGCGGCGCCUCGGCCCCCUCCACGCCGGCGACACCCACCGCGUCGGCUUCGUCCAGGUUGUCGCACACUCACUCUCGUGACUACGCCAAGCCGUGGUUGGCGCACAGUAAAAGCGCGUCGGCGAGCAAGUGUCAGUGCUGCGCGGAUGUCGGCAGCGAUGAGGGGGCGUCGUCGGGCUCCAAGCUGAAGCGUCCGACCUUCCACUCCAGUCGCGGUUCGCUGACAGGAGAAAACGGCGGGACGGCGCACGCCGCCAAACGAAGCGAUCCAAAGAGAGCCGGGUCGUCGGCUAGCGGUCCCGCCAGUCGCGCGGGCAGCCGGGCGGGCAGCCGGGCCAGCAGCCGCCGAGGGAGCGACGCGUCGGAUGCGUCAGAGCUGCAGGACUCUCGCUCCGUCUGUUCGGACGCGUCGGACACCCCACGGAGGCCCGGCGCCGGCGCCAAACCGUCCAAGAUCCCCACAAUCACCAAGAAGACGCCCAGCCCCAAAGCGCCCGCGUCCAGCAAGAAAUAAGACAAGUAAAAAAAACAUGUCCUCCUUUCACAUCGUGGCAGCCUUCUUGCAUCACUUGCUGGCAUCCAGUUUGUGUCAAGAAGUGGGGAGAAGAAAAAAAAAAAGAAAAAGAUGGGGCCACAUGUGUUACCCUCAGGAGAGCCAGGAGCCGCCACCUCGAGGUGGUCCAACCUCGCCCGUGGUUUGCAAAAAUUCGACACUUUACAAGCUUCCAGGCUUCCCGUCUUUGCGCAAGUGAGCAAAGAAGACGAGUC